AUGGAUAAUGAUUAUUAUGACUUUCUUGAUCAUUCAUUCGACUAUAAACCAAAGAAGAGAGGAUAGAGGGGUUAGAAAAAUCAAAUUUAAAUUUAGCAUUGACUGAUUAAGAGAUCAUUGUUCGUGAAAGAAUGAAACUUGUAAAAAAUAGAGAAUCUGCAAAAAAUAGUAGAAAAAGAAAAAAGAUGUAUGUUGACCUUUUGGAAAACAAAGUAUAUAUCUAUCAUAAUUUAAGGUGGCUGGUUUAAAUCAAUAGUUAUAAGAAUAUAAAGAACUUUAAGAACAAAGUUAGGUUUUCUUAAGAAAUACACAAAUCCAGUUAUUAUUUGGAAAAUCAUAAUAAAAAUCUGAUUAAUUAAAUCAUUACUUUCAAGAAAUUUAUGAAUAAUCAAUUCCUAAAAUUGCCUAACAUCUUAAACAAGAAAAACAUAAUCCUGAAUUAGAUCAUUGCUUUUAAAAUUUCUAUAAAUGCUUUAGUGAUAUGAAUAGUGUUAAAGAUGAAAUGGCUCAAGAAAUGCAAAAAUUAGAAAUCACAAUGAAAUCUGCCAAAGAAAUUCCCGAGUUUAAUAAGUUUCUGGAACAUGUCUCAAAAUUAGAUUUCUAAAAAUAAUUAGACAGUUUAGAAGAAGUAAUUUAGAUAAUAUAUAAAUUUAGGAACUCGGUAAUGUUAUAAAAACAGAUGAUCUCCAAUUGUCAAUAAAGGAUACUUAUGAUUUGUACAACAAAUCCUUAUAAUUUAUUAAGAAACCUAAAUUAAAUUGA